AUGGAGGAGAAGGUGGAGCCACAGGACUUCCUGAAGAGCUUCAGGGAGUUCCUGAGCCAGCAGACCCACUCCAGAGAGAACAUGCUGGCUGGGGACCUUACUCAGGCCCAAAGUCCCGGAGCCCCCGGGGAUGCCCUGGACAAGAGCCGGGUGCUGAUGCUGGACGACUUCGAAAGGACGGUGGACGGGAAGCUGCAGUGCUCAUACUGCGGCUAUUCCAGCCAGAGAACAGCUCGGCUGAUGGAACAUACGAGAAUCCACACGGGCGAGAAGCCGCACAGGUGUCGCCUGUGCCCCUUUGCCUCGGCGUACGAGCGGUACCUCGAAGCCCACAUGCGUUCCCACACCGGAGAAAAGCCAUACAAGUGUGAAUUGUGCGCCUAUCGCUGCAAUUACGGAAGCAACCUGUCCCACCACCGUAGGCGCAAGCACAAUUUGUUACCGCUGACGGGUCCCAGGGCCUCCUUAAGCAGCGUGAAAAUGUGGGGCACCUUACAGAGUAAGAGCAACGUGGAGGAUGGCAAACAAGGGGUGCUCAUCGCCUUAACUCCGCCUUCUGUGGUUCAGAAACCAGAUCACCUGAGUGAUUCCACACACACGAUCCCAAAUGUUCAGAAUGGCUUCUGUGACAGUACGGAUCAAACUUCAGUUUGCAGGCUGCCGAGGGACCCACAAGGACUCUUGUUUGUGGAUGAUCCUUUGAAUCAGCUGUCUGACCUAACAGGACACUGGUCCACCUUGCCACCUGAAAACCAAAACUCCAUUUCUGCUGAUGUAGACUCCAUCCUAGAAGAGUGGAAGCCUUUCGUGAUGCAACAGCCCUCUGCCCAAGGGAGUGUCCCUCAGAGCUCUCUCAUACUCUUCAGGCUUUCUCCACCGUCGUCGUCGUCGUUGAGUCAGAGGGACUGCAGUCCACUGGCAGGACCCAGCAGGCAGCCAAGUGGCUACCCCAGUACUCCCAUCCUUGGAAACAGCCAGCCAAGCAGUCCAGCCCCAACCUUGAAGGUGCAGGGCCCUCAGCUUCUUUACUUCUGCCAGCACUGUGACACAUACUUUGCAGACAAUGUCCUUUACACUAUUCAUAUGGGAUGCCACGGGUAUGACAAUCCCUUCCAGUGUAACAUAUGUGGAUUCAACUGUGAGAACAAGUAUGACUUUGCCUGCCACUUUGCACGAGGUCAACAUAACUAG